ACAGAAGUGUAUUAAAGAAAGUGCACUGCAACUAUUAAACAUAUUUACCCGAAGCGUUUGAUCGUGGAGAUAAAAAACCUUUGGGCGGAGACGUGGGCACAUGUGUGUCCAGAUCGGAAGCGCACAGAUUUGGAUGGGUUUGGUCCUGUGGAAAUGCUUUCAUACUCAAGAAUAUAUGGAUGACUAAAUAUGACUGAAGCACAGACACCAAGUGGUUUUCAUCUCAGUGUUUGCAUAUAUGAUUUGAAGAUGCGCUGGGUUUGUUCCUGUGCUCUGUUGAUGAUGGUGCUGGAUAAUGCUGUGGCCAUGUAUACGUGGAGAAAAGACACGGUGGCUAGUAUUCAGUUGGAUAAACCAUGUGUGCAGGCACCUCCAAAUGUGGACAUGCAAUCACAUGUAGGUCCAGCCCGGUCCAAACGCUAUGCCAUCAACCCACUGGGCUACAAGUGGGAGCAUUUCAACAUCACCUACAAGAUCACAAAGUUCCCCAACACACUGAAUAAAGAAGACACCCGCAAAGCUAUCGGUAUUGCCUUCACAAAGUGGAGUGAUGUUUCCCCUCUGACUUUCAAUGAAAUCACCAACAUAAACAAAAGUGCUGAUAUCACAAUAGGUAAAUCUGCAGGAACAGAGCCAAGACACCAUGCAUAUGAUCUUGGGUUCUACACGUACAAUCAUACAGAUUGUUGGUGGUCUCCUCUUCACCCAUGUUUUGAUGGUUUGAACGGUGAGUUGGCCCAUGCCUUCCUUCCACCACGUGGGGAGAUCCACUUCGACAACCAUGAAUUCUGGAUUCUGGGCAAAUCUCGCUUCAGCUGGAAGCAAGGUGUAUGGCUGAAUGACCUUGUUCAGGUAGCUGCUCAUGAGAUUGGACAUGCCUUAGGACUCUGGCAUUCACGGGACCCUAAUGCUCUAAUGCACCCUAAUGCAACAUACACAGGUCAGCGAAACAUCGCCCAAGAUGAUAUCUGGGGCAUCCAGCGCCUUUACGGGUGUAUGGACAAAAAACGUGUGUGUGAUCCCUGGGCCCGGUUGGGUUUUUGUGAGAGGAGGCGGAGCUUCAUGAAGAAAAACUGCCCGCAGCGAUGCGACCUGUGCUACGAGCCUCUGGAUGCAGUGUCCACCCCGACCCCGCCACCUGAAAAUGUGAAGAUUAAAAUUGUGCCUCGAGGAAAAGUUGUGGGCUUCCGCUGUGGGACAAAAAAUACUAGAGUGCCUCCAAAAGUCAGCUGGUAUAAGGACGGCGAGCAGCUAUUGACAUCCAUUCCUGGCUACAUUGUAAUUAAAGAUCGGGAUCUGCGGAUCAUAGCCAAUGAAUUCAACGAAGGUACCUACACCUGUCGCAUCCAUCGCCGCGGUAAUGUAGUCUCCGCUAACUCCUGGGCCAUCCGCCUAAAGCCAGAACUGUCCUCCAACAAUAGCUGAUGGAGGGAGAUUUGAUUUAUUGAACACUUGCUCUACCUCCAGGGCUUAAUACCACUCUGACCUGCUCUCCUGUCCUGUCCCACUGCAGUGAACACAUCUCUGUUUGGAGAUCAGCUCCAGAGUGUCUUAAAGAACAACCUGCAAUGGUUUGUUUACAGGCAGAUGUGGUUCUAUUAAUCUCAGAUAUGAAAAUAUGAGUGAAUCUCAUGAAAACAGUCCAGGUCACUAUUAGGAUUCUUUCAGAGUUCCCACUGGCAUGAUUGAACUUUAAAUAUCAUUGCAUUUUAAAACUGUGAUUUCCAGCCUUGCGAAACUCAUAGAAAUUAAUAAAAUCUCAAUACAUUUUAAUAGUGGUAAACAUUUUCUAGUUAUGCUCUCAAAACUCAAUAUUUUAAAAGACCAGAAACUGCUCAUUGUGAAUGAAAUCUGAAUAAAGUGGUUUAAAUAUUCUUAUUCAGAUAUGAAACAACUGGACAGAUUCAUGGAAAAAUCAUAGACAUUCAUUGGUUCUUUGCAUUGUUUGCAUUAUUUUCAUGACAAUACCCAUAAAAAACAAAAAGUACAGUAAUUCGUAAGUUUUCUAAUAAUUGAGGAAUCAAAUAAUUCCCAUUAUCUUCAAGUAAAAUGAUUUUUACAGGAAAAAUAUUGUAAAUCAAGGUAAAUAAUAUUAUGUUUAAUACAAAAUAGCAAAUAAUGGUAUUAUUUAAAAAUAUUAAAGGAAUAUUUCAGGUACAAUACAGGUUAAGCUCAAUUGGCAGCAUUUGUGGCAUAAUGUUGAUUACAGUGAGGCACUUACAGUGGAAGUGAAUGGGGCCAAUCUGUAAACGUUUAAAUACUGUUUCAAAAGUAUAGCCACAAAAAAUAAACAAUAUGCAUGUAAAAAUGAUUUUAGUGUGAUAAAAUCACUUACAAACCUUUUCUGUGUAAAGUUAUAGCCAAUUUUACAACUUUUCUAUGGCGACGUAAUGUCAGCAAACCCUAAAAUGACUAUAAAUGAUUUAAGCAACUCCACAGCUCAAAUAAUAUGGGUUUUAACAAAAGAAUUAAUGUAAGUGAUUUUAUAAAAUUACAAGCUUCAUAUUUCUGCAUUUAGCCCCUCCAAAAAUUGGCCCCAUUCAAUUCCAUUGUAAGUGCCUCACUGUAACUUGAUUUUUACAUUGCUGUUUUUAAAGAAAAGGACGGCCGAAUUGAAAUUUAUUUUUGUGGUAAUCAAUAUUAUGCCACACAUGCUGUCGGUUGAACUUAACUUGUAUUGAACCCAGAAUAUUCC